ACCAGUGUCUUCGAGUUCGAAGUUGUCAUCCAAAACAUCACAAAAGUCUUCCCACUUCACACUUCACGCGGCACGGUAAUUAAACCCAAUAAACCUCGCAUUAAUUAUUUUACUUCACUUAAUCACAGUUUGUUUGUUUAAAGUACUUAUCAAAUCAAUUUAAGAUUUUCUUCUUUUUUUUCUUUUUACUAAAUUAGUUUUGUUUAUAUUAUCAUUUCUCUUCUACACACUUUCCCUUUAAUAUUAAUAUAUAUAUAUUGUAAUUUAUUAUCUGCCCUAAUGUUUAGUUUUGAUAUCAAUUAAGAAUUCUCAAUCUCACAAAAAAGGAGCUGUUAGUAUUACUAAAGGCUGUGUCCAUUGAAGAUCAGAAAAUAAGGAUUUUCUCUCUGGGUUAGUAAAUGUUUGAGUUGUUACAUUAUUCUGUUUAGUUUCAGUUUUAAAAACGAGAUCCUCUGGCAUCAAAUAUUAAUACAUUUUGAUUUAAUAGCUUUUGCUGUUUUUAUUACAUACUUAGAACCUUGUAACGCAAGUAUAAGGUGUGAAUUUUGCUGUUACUUCAAGUUUCUGUAAGUUAGGAAUCAAAGAAUUCAAAUAUUUGUUCUGCUCCGUACGAAUCAGAUCUAAAGAAGACUGAAAAUUUCAUCUUUAACUGUUUUCUUUUAAGGAAUAUUGACUGUUGCAGUUUUGUUUUUUUGCUUUUUCUUUCACCUUGGCAACUUAUGCAUCAACAAUUUUAGAGUAAUUUGAUUUUUGAUAUGUUGAUUUCAUUGAAAACCUGAUACUUUUUCUGAAGGAUUUGUCUGUUUAAAUGUUAUUUAUCCCUAAAAAAAGACGGCUUUGGUUCUGUUACCGAAGCUCAUUGCUUCUGUUUGCUCCUCUUAUUAAUCGACUUCUUCAGAUUCUUUGGAAGUUUGGUUAUCUCUCUUUACAAAAUUGGAUUUCUGAGGAAUUAGUAUUCAGUAAACACACUACAUUGGUAUUGACUAAUUUGAAGAAGAAUGAGGAAAAAUGGGAAUUCUCAUUCAAUAAGACACUUUAGUGAUAGGAGGUGGCGUCUUCCAUUUUUUGCGAGUUUGCUUGUCUCGAUUACUCUAUUUUUUGCUGCGUAUUGUGGGAUAUUCUCGUCUACGAAUGGCGGGGACCUUGAUCUUAUUUCACUUGCUAGAACUGAAGAUUCUGGUGAGUAUUUCGUAGAAUCAGAUUUUAAGAAUUCUUAUGAAAAAUCCGGGGAUUCAAAAAUGGAAGCUCCAAGGAUAGCUUAUCUUAUUUCGGGGACAAAAGGAGAUAGUCAGAGAAUGAGGAGAACAUUGCAGGCGGUCUAUCAUCCAAGGAAUCAGUAUAUUUUACAUUUAGAUCUUGAAGCUCCACCUAGAGAACGGAUUGAUUUGACAAUGUCUAUUAAGGCUGAUCCUACUUUUCGUGAAUUGGAAAAUGUGCGGGUAAUGGCACAGUCGAAUUUGGUGACUUACAGGGGACCUACAAUGAUUGCUUCUACCCUUCAAGCUGUGGCAGUUCUAUUGAAGGAAGGUGCACAAUGGGAUUGGUUUAUAAAUCUCAGCGCGUCGGAUUAUCCUCUUGUUACACAGGAUGAUAUGCUUCAUGUGUUUUCUAAUUUGACAAGGAAUCUCAAUUUUAUUGAGCACACACAAAUCAUGGGGUGGAAAGUGAAUCAGAGAGCAAAACCAAUCAUCAUAGAUCCGGGUCUUUACUUAUCCAAGAAGACUGAUAUAUUUUGGACUACUCAACGCCGGUCACUUCCAACAGCUUUCAAGCUAUUUACCGGUUCUGCAUGGGUGAUGCUCACACGAUCAUUUCUCGAGUACUGUAUAUGGGGCUGGGAUAAUCUUCCACGAACUCUUCUAAUGUAUUACACCAACUUUGUAUCCUCCCCAGAAGGGUACUUUCACACUGUUAUCUGUAACACAGAAGAGUUCAAGCAUACUGCCAUAAGCCAUGACCUCCAUUACAUUGCUUGGGACACUCCUCCAAAACAACACCCUCGGGUCUUAACAAUAAAAGACUUUGACAACAUGGUGAAAAGUGGAGCUCCGUUUGCGAGGAAAUUCGCCAAGAAUGAUCCAGUUUUAGACAAGAUUGACCUAGAGAUCCUAGGUCGUUCAGAAAGGGGAUUUGUUCCUGGUGGUUGGUGCAUCGGCAAUGCGGAAGGUGAUGCUGAUCCAUGCUCUUUGAGAGGGAGUGAUUUGACGUUUCGACCGGGCCCAGGUGCUGAAAGGCUACAAGGGUUGGUUCAGACUCUCUUGGUGGAAAAUACUGAGGACACGCGAUGUGUGUUCCAUUGAGAAUUGAUGUACAAAAACUUACCUGCAGAGCUUGUUAAUGGAUGCAAAUGCUGUUGAUGUAAAGUAUAAACACAGGCUAAAUCUGCUUUUGCACCAUUGUUUUGAAUUAACAGUUCAAAAUGGAAUUUUUGUUAUAGUCAUACUAACUGAGUUUAAUGGAAGGAGCUGUUGACAGAUUAACCA